AUGGCUAAAGCAAUGGCCUCUAGAACUCACCUGAAUAAUGAAGAACAGAAAUUCACACAAAUGGAGCAAUGGGACAUAGAUCAGCUUCAAAAAUGCCAUUAUAUUAAUUUGCCUUCAUAUAAUAUCGAUGAGCUUCCUAAGAAGUUGGAUUGCCCAGAGUUGAAGCUAAUAUCACUAAGAAGAAAUCAUGGCUACUUAACAAUCCCCGAUAACUUUUUCUCUGGGACGAGAGAAGUAAAGGUUAAUAAUUUACAUGGAAUGAGGUUUGCCCCUUCCCCACUACCUUCUCUUCGUCUCUUGACAAACCUUAUAUCAUUGAAUCUGUAUGGAUGUGUAUUGGAAGAUAUAGCAAUAGUUGCAGAACUCAGAAGGUUGGAAAUUCUCACCCUUGAAAGAUCUAAAAUUCAAGAGCUCCCCAAAGAAAUAGGACAGCUAGUUUGUCUUCGAAUGCUAGAUUUAACAAACUGCCAUCAACUGAAAACCAUCCCUGCAAAUCUUUUAUCAAGCUUAACAAAUUUGGAAGAGUUAUAUAUGGGUAAUUGUAAUAUCCAAUGGGAGGUUGAAGAAGGAAAAGGUGAAACCAACAAUGCAAGUCUAGGUGGGCUAAGGAAUUUGAAUCAGCUAACAACUUUGGACUUAUCAAUCCAGGAUAUUUCAGUUUUACAAGAAGAUAUGUUUGUUUUUGGAAAGCUACGAAGCUACAACAUAUUUAUUGGCAAUACAUGGGAAUGGUUUGGGGAUGCUCGUGAAAAUUCAAGAACACUUAAGCUUGACCACUCUUUGAAAACAAAUAUUUGUUUAAAUCGUUGGGUACAAUUGUUGUUCACAACAGUUGAGGACUUACGAUUAGCUAAAUUGAAUUUUGGUAACCAUAAUAAUGUGUCUUAUGAAUGGAAGGGGGAAAGUUUUCCACAAUUAAGACACCUACAUAUCCAAAGUACCGAUGCAUUCCACAAUUUGGAGACACUGAUUCUUAGCAAUCUGGAAAAUAUGGAAGACAUAAGCUACAGUACACUUCCAACUCAUUCCUUUGAAAGACUGCAAGUUAUUAAAGUCCAAGGUUGUCAUAAGUUGAAGAAAUUACUUUUGUAUUCCCUGGCCAAAAACCUUUCUCAACUUCAUGAGAUGGAGAUUUCUGAUUGUGGAGAUAUGGAAGUGAUUAUAUCCGAGGAAAAACUUGAAGAUGAGAAAGAAAUUCCCAAGAUCACACUCCCUAAAUUGCAUUCUCUUACAUUCUAUAACUUAUAUACCCUUCGCAGUUUUUGUUUUCCAUUGACAGCUGAUAAGCAUGAUCAAUCAACUACCGUGACAUUAUUUAAUCAAAAGGUAAACACAUGA